ACAAACGUUCUCGAGGAAUUCAUUGGUUUGUAUUAUGCCUUCAGGAGAUUAUUCCGGUAAGCAAAGGCAGUCAGUCUACGAAAAAGCUUUAGUAAUCUCCCAUGAGGGUGAAAAAGAGUUGUCACUACUUCAGAAGGACCUUGACCGUUCCAAACUGCAGGCGUACAUCUCCUACAAGCUAGAAGAGAGAGAAUUGCGAAACGAGCUGUUUCGAAUUAGACGUGAACAGAUAAAUUUGGCCAAAGAGGCGAAACAACGUCAACGAGACAAGAGAAGCGUCGAUGACAUUGCAAAAGAAAUGAAAGUAAAGAAUCCUGGAAACAGAGGCGCCACAGCAAUCAUGCUCGAGAAAAAGUUUGCUCUACCAGAGGUUAACUGCACUCAGAACAACGUACCGAAGAUUUUACGAAGGUCGUUGUCGCACGAAUCGGAAUAUUUCACGUGGACAUGCGGGUUGCCGAAGAUCGAGAACGCAGUGAAAGCGUUAAAUCCUUCAGGCGGUGAGCAAAAGAAGAAAGGAAAAGAUGAGAGCAAAGGAACAGGUGAUUCCGCUGAGGGAGUUCAAAAUGAUGAUACCAGCAGAGUGCGGGCAAAUACAAUUCAUAGCAUUGUAUACAACGUCCCNAGUUAA